GACAACUUCUCUCGUCGACACCGUUGUUCUCCCGUCAAUGGUAGACAUUAUUGCCACCAGCAAGUUUCCCUGAAUUAUAGAAAAAGGAUUGCAAAUUUACAAUUCUCUAACGUUGCACUACUUUUAUAAAACCACCAACCAUGCCACGUAUUAUGAUAAAAGGUGGUGUUUGGAGAAACACGGAGGAUGAGAUCCUUAAGGCAGCUGUUAUGAAAUAUGGCAAAAACCAAUGGGCUCGUAUUGCUUCAUUGCUACACAGAAAAUCUGCAAAACAGUGUAAAGCAAGAUGGUAUGAAUGGUUAGAUCCUAGUAUCAAGAAAACAGAAUGGAGUCGAGAAGAAGAAGAGAAACUUCUUCAUUUGGCAAAACUAAUGCCAACUCAAUGGCGAACUAUUGCCCCUAUUAUUGGUCGAACUGCUGCUCAGUGUUUGGAACACUAUGAAUAUCUGUUAGAUAAAGCUCAAAACCGAGAUCAAGACAAUGAAGAUGAUCCUAGACGUCUUAAACCUGGAGAAAUUGAUCCCAACCCAGAGACAAAACCAGCUCGCCCUGACCCUGUGGAUAUGGAUGAAGAUGAACUUGAAAUGUUAUCAGAAGCUAGAGCUCGUCUGGCCAACACCCAAGGUAAAAAAGCUAAAAGGAAAGCUAGAGAAAAGCAGCUAGAAGAAGCUAGGCGCUUGGCAGCAUUGCAGAAGAGACGAGAAUUAAGAGCUGCUGGUAUAGAGAUCAAACAAAAGAAAAAAAAGAAACGUGGUGUAGAUUAUAAUGCUGAAAUACCAUUUGAAAAGAAACCAGCCCCUGGUUUCUACAACACGUCAGAGGAACACUACACUCCUUUGGAUCCAAACUACAAGAGGUUACGUCAACAAAACAUGGAUGGAGAGCUACGUCGAGACAAAGAAGAUAGAGAAAGGAAAAAAGAUAAGUCACGUCAAAAGAAAAGAAAGGAAAAUGAUCUUCCAGGUGUGAUAUCCAGUCAAAAUAACUUUACUGAACCAAUAAAGAAACGGAGUAAGUUGGUUCUGCCAGCUGCACAGAUUUCAGAUGCUGAACUUGAAGAUGUUGUUAAGAUUGGUCAAGCAAGUGAGUACGCUCGCCAACAAGCCGAAGAUGGGGGUGUAAAAGAUGGUGCUUCCUCAGCUCUUCUCCAGGAUUACAGUAUGACCCCACAACCAGGUAAUUUAAGAACCCCUCGGACACCUGCAUCAGAAGACACAGUUUUACAAGAAGCUCAGAAUAUCAUGGCAUUAACCAAUGUGGACACCCCUCUCAAAGGAGGCCUAAACACUCCCCUUGAUGACACAGACUUCAGUGGUGUUACACCAAAACAUGCCUCAGCUCAAACACCAAAUACACUAAUCACUACACCAUACCAGACACCAGGACGAAAUGAAUCUAGUGGAUUGACUCCUAAAAGCGGUAGUUUGACACCAAGACAGACUCCUGGAACAACACCACUCAGGACUCCUGUCCGAGAUAAGUUGAAUAUAAAUCCUGCUGAGGAUUUUGAAUCUGCAGAAUAUGGGAAGAAUUAUCAAAAAGAUGUCAAAGACCAAUUAAAAAGAGGACUUGCAGCAUUGCCCACACCAAAGAACGAUUACGAAAUUGUUGUUCCAGAGAAUGAAAAUGUAGAUGUUGAAGAGGAAAGUGAUCAAAAGGAGAGUCCAGUUGAAGAUCAGGCAGAUAUAGAUGCAAGGGAACUGAAGGAACAAUUAGCUCUUCGAGUGAAAGAACUUCGAAUGAGUUCACAAGCUGUUCAAAGAUCAAUGCCACGCCCAACAGACGUCAACACAAAUAUUAUGAGGGUGGCUGGUCCGGCAGAUCCACCCCUAACGGAUCUACAGAAGGCUGAAGAAUUGAUCAAGAAAGAAAUGUUGAUAAUGCUUCAUUAUGACAGCCUGCACAACCCCACCGCUUCACAGAUGGGUAUAACACCUGGUAUGAAGAAGUCUGUACCCAAUCAGAAAGUAGCUGUCAAUCAAGCUCAACAUUUGGCCUAUCUGGAAACUCAUCCUUAUGUACGCUAUGAAGAGGAAGAACUGAUUGAAGCUAAGAAACAACUCCAAACUGAGAUGGAUGUUGUAAAACAUGGUAUGAAUCAUGGAGAUUUAUCUUUGGAAGCUUUCAGUCAAGUAUGGGAUGAGUGCUAUUCUCAGAUAUUGUUCAUGCCAUCACAAAAUCGGUACACUCGGGCAAAUCUUGCUAGCAAGAAAGAUAGAAUCGAAUCAUUAGAAAAACGACUUGAGAUUAACCGAAACCACAUGACCAAAGAUGCUAAACAAGCAGCAAAACUAGAAAAAAAGUUGAAAAUAAUUUUGGGUGGAUAUCAGGCCAGAUCCCAGACUUUGGUGAAACAGCUACAUGACAUCUCAGAACAAAUUGAGCAAACUUACAUGGAACUUAAAACUUUUGAAAAACUUAGAAUCCAUGAGAUUGGAGCAAUACCUAAGCGAUCUGAAUCUAUGACAGAAGAUGUGCAAAGACAGACAGAACGAGAGAAAGAGCUUCAGAAGAGAUAUGCUGAACUUCAGUACAAGAAAGAAUUGCUAACAACCCAUUCUGCUUAAAUCUACCUUCUACUAUUCCAUUUUUAUAAACAAUAUAUGUUCAAUAUUUAAUUUUGAGGAGAUGACAAAGAAAAAUCUUGAAUUUAGAUUUUUUAAAAACCAAAUUUGAAGAUCCAUUCAUUCUUUUCCAUUCUCAUCUAAAAUCUAAUUCACCCACGAAUACUAAAUGAAUUAGAUGCCAUCAACAGGAGUUUAUGAAACCACUAAUAUUUUUGUUUCCAAUGUAAUAAAAAAUAACUGUCAAUAUCAUAAUGACAAGGAAAAUAAACACAUUAUGAAGUUUUA